AUGGAAUUUUAUGAGAAAUACCAAAAAUUUUGGAUAAGUAGCUAAAAAGUUAAAUUAUAAGCCUCAAGUUUAUUGCUUUAGUAAAAGAAAGCAUUUAGUGUGACAGCAAGUUUAAAAUAAAUAAAUACUAAAAUGAAUAAUGAGAAAUGGGUUUUGACUAAAGGGUAAACAUAAAGAAUACAAAAUAGGGUGUAACCCAAUAAGUUAAAAGAAAAGAAAAAAAUGAGUUUAUAAAUAAAAAUAUAUUAGGAAAAGAAAAACAAAAAAAGACUUUAGAAAUAUAUGUCAGAUUAAAAUCAAGUCUAUUUAGCAUAAUAUUGUAAAACAAUAUUCUAAUAAUCUUAAGAAGCUUCAAAAUUCUGUGAUUCAGCAAUUCAGUAAAAACUAGAAGAUUGUAAUAACUAAUGUAUAAUUGAAAAUUCAUAAUAUUUUAGGGGCUAGGAAAUUUGAGAACGACUAUAAAUACAUGUUGAAAAACGCUGUUAAAUAAUAUUAUUCAGCAUUAAUUCUAAAUAAAUUAAAUAGAUUUGAGGAGGCCUUGGAAAAUUAUGAUUCAGCAAUUUAAAAAAAUCCAGAAAAUUCUGACUAUUAUAAUGGCAAAGGUACUAGUAACUAUUGAUGAUUUCUUAGCUAAUACAUUAUAUAAAAUGAAUAGAUUUGAGGAGGCUUUGGAAAAUUAUGAUUCAGCAAUUUAAAAAAAUCCAGAAAAUUCUGACUAUUAUAUUGGCAAAGGUACUAGUAACUAUUGAUGAUUUCUUAGCUAAUACAUUAUAUAAAAUGAAUAGAUUUGAGGAGGCUUUGGAAAAUUAUGAUUCAGCAAUUUAAAAAAAUCCAGAAAAUUCUGACUAUUAUAUUGGCAAAGGUACUAGUAACUAUUGAUGAUUUCUUAGCUAAUACAUUAUAUAAAAUGAAUAGAUUUGAGGAGGCUUUGGAAAAUUAUGAUUCAGCAAUUUAAAAAAAUCCAGAAAAUUCUGACUAUUAUAUUGGCAAAGGUACUAGUAACUAUUGAUGAUUUCUUAGCUAAUACAUUAUAUAAAAUGAAUAGAUUUGAGGAGGCUUUGGAAAAUUAUGAUUCAGCAAUUUAAAAAAAUCCAGAAAAUUCUGACUAUUAUAUUGGCAAAGGUACUAGUAACUAUUGAUGAUUUCUUAGCUAAUACAUUAUAUAAAAUGAAUAGAUUUGAGGAGGCUUUGGAAAAUUAUGAUUCAGCAAUUUAAAAAAAUCCAGAAAAUUCUGACUAUUAUAUUGGCAAAGGUACUAGUAACUAUUGAUGAUUUCUUAGCUAAUACAUUAUAUAAAAUGAAUAGAUUUGAGGAGGCUUUGGAAAAUUAUGAUUCAGCAAUUUAAAAAAAUCCAGAAAAUUCUGACUAUUAUAUUGGCAAAGGUACUAGUAACUAUUGAUGAUUUCUUAGCUAAUACAUUAUAUAAAAUGAAUAGAUUUGAGGAGGCUUUGGAAAAUUAUGAUUCAGCAAUUUAAAAAAAUCCAGAAAAUUCUGACUAUUAUAUUGGCAAAGGUACUAGUAACUAUUGAUGAUUUCUUAGCUAAUACAUUAUAUAAAAUGAAUAGAUUUGAGGAGGCUUUGGAAAAUUAUGAUUCAGCAAUUUAAAAAAAUCCAGAAAAUUCUGACUAUUAUAUUGGCAAAGGUACUAGUAACUAUUGAUGAUUUCUUAGCUAAUACAUUAUAUAAAAUGAAUAGAUUUGAGGAGGCUUUGGAAAAUUAUGAUUCAGCAAUUUAAAAAAAUCCAGAAAAUUCUGACUAUUAUAUUGGCAAAGGUACUAGUAACUAUUGAUGAUUUCUUAGCUAAUACAUUAUAUAAAAUGAAUAGAUUUGAGGAGGCUUUGGAAAAUUAUGAUUCAGCAAUUUAAAAAAAUCCAGAAAAUUCUGACUAUUAUAUUGGCAAAGGUACUAGUAACUAUUGAUGAUUUCUUAGCUAAUACAUUAUAUAAAAUGAAUAGAUUUGAGGAGGCUUUGGAAAAUUAUGAUUCAGCAAUUUAAAAAAAUCCAGAAAAUUCUGACUAUUAUAUUGGCAAAGGUACUAGUAACUAUUGAUGAUUUCUUAGCUAAUACAUUAUAUAAAAUGAAUAGAUUUGAGGAGGCUUUGGAAAAUUAUGAUUCAGCAAUUUAAAAAAAUCCAGAAAAUUCUGACUAUUAUAUUGGCAAAGGUACUAGUAACUAUUGAUGAUUUCUUAGCUAAUACAUUAUAUAAAAUGAAUAGAUUUGAGGAGGCUUUGGAAAAUUAUGAUUCAGCAAUUUAAAAAAAUCCAGAAAAUUCUGACUAUUAUAUUGGCAAAGGUACUAGUAACUAUUGAUGAUUUCUUAGCUAAUACAUUAUAUAAAAUGAAUAGAUUUGAGGAGGCUUUGGAAAAUUAUGAUUCAGCAAUUUAAAAAAAUCCAGAAAAUUCUGACUAUUAUAUUGGCAAAGGUACUAGUAACUAUUGAUGAUUUCUUAGCUAAUACAUUAUAUAAAAUGAAUAGAUUUGAGGAGGCUUUGGAAAAUUAUGAUUCAGCAAUUUAAAAAAAUCCAGAAAAUUCUGACUAUUAUAUUGGCAAAGGUACUAGUAACUAUUGAUGAUUUCUUAGCUAAUACAUUAUAUAAAAUGAAUAGAUUUGAGGAGGCUUUGGAAAAUUAUGAUUCAGCAAUUUAAAAAAAUCCAGAAAAUUCUGACUAUUAUAUUGGCAAAGGUACUAGUAACUAUUGAUGAUUUCUUAGCUAAUACAUUAUAUAAAAUGAAUAGAUUUGAGGAGGCUUUGGAAAAUUAUGAUUCAGCAAUUUAAAAAAAUCCAGAAAAUUCUGACUAUUAUAUUGGCAAAGGUACUAGUAACUAUUGAUGAUUUCUUAGCUAAUACAUUAUAUAAAAUGAAUAGAUUUGAGGAGGCUUUGGAAAAUUAUGAUUCAGCAAUUUAAAAAAAUCCAGAAAAUUCUGACUAUUAUAUUGGCAAAGGUACUAGUAACUAUUGAUGAUUUCUUAGCUAAUACAUUAUAUAAAAUGAAUAGAUUUGAGGAGGCUUUGGAAAAUUAUGAUUCAGCAAUUUAAAAAAAUCCAGAAAAUUCUGACUAUUAUAUUGGCAAAGGUACUAGUAACUAUUGAUGAUUUCUUAGCUAAUACAUUAUAUAAAAUGAAUAGAUUUGAGGAGGCUUUGGAAAAUUAUGAUUCAGCAAUUUAAAAAAAUCCAGAAAAUUCUGACUAUUAUAUUGGCAAAGGUACUAGUAACUAUUGAUGAUUUCUUAGCUAAUACAUUAUAUAAAAUGAAUAGAUUUGAGGAGGCUUUGGAAAAUUAUGAUUCAGCAAUUUAAAAAAAUCCAGAAAAUUCUGACUAUUAUAUUGGCAAAGGUACUAGUAACUAUUGAUGAUUUCUUAGCUAAUACAUUAUAUAAAAUGAAUAGAUUUGAGGAGGCUUUGGAAAAUUAUGAUUCAGCAAUUUAAAAAAAUCCAGAAAAUUCUGACUAUUAUAUUGGCAAAGGUACUAGUAACUAUUGAUGAUUUCUUAGCUAAUACAUUAUAUAAAAUGAAUAGAUUUGAGGAGGCUUUGGAAAAUUAUGAUUCAGCAAUUUAAAAAAAUCCAGAAAAUUCUGACUAUUAUAUUGGCAAAGGUACUAGUAACUAUUGAUGAUUUCUUAGCUAAUACAUUAUAUAAAAUGAAUAGAUUUGAGGAGGCUUUGGAAAAUUAUGAUUCAGCAAUUUAAAAAAAUCCAGAAAAUUCUGACUAUUAUAUUGGCAAAGGUACUAGUAACUAUUGAUGAUUUCUUAGCUAAUACAUUAUAUAAAAUGAAUAGAUUUGAGGAGGCUUUGGAAAAUUAUGAUUCAGCAAUUUAAAAAAAUCCAGAAAAUUCUGACUAUUAUAUUGGCAAAGGUACUAGUAACUAUUGAUGAUUUCUUAGCUAAUACAUUAUAUAAAAUGAAUAGAUUUGAGGAGGCUUUGGAAAAUUAUGAUUCAGCAAUUUAAAAAAAUCCAGAAAAUUCUGACUAUUAUAUUGGCAAAGGUACUAGUAACUAUUGAUGAUUUCUUAGCUAAUACAUUAUAUAAAAUGAAUAGAUUUGAGGAGGCUUUGGAAAAUUAUGAUUCAGCAAUUUAAAAAAAUCCAGAAAAUUCUGACUAUUAUAUUGGCAAAGGUACUAGUAACUAUUGAUGAUUUCUUAGCUAAUACAUUAUAUAAAAUGAAUAGAUUUGAGGAGGCUUUGGAAAAUUAUGAUUCAGCAAUUUAAAAAAAUCCAGAAAAUUCUGACUAUUAUAUUGGCAAAGGUACUAGUAACUAUUGAUGAUUUCUUAGCUAAUACAUUAUAUAAAAUGAAUAGAUUUGAGGAGGCUUUGGAAAAUUAUGAUUCAGCAAUUUAAAAAAAUCCAGAAAAUUCUGACUAUUAUAUUGGCAAAGGUACUAGUAACUAUUGAUGAUUUCUUAGCUAAUACAUUAUAUAAAAUGAAUAGAUUUGAGGAGGCUUUGGAAAAUUAUGAUUCAGCAAUUUAAAAAAAUCCAGAAAAUUCUGACUAUUAUAUUGGCAAAGGUACUAGUAACUAUUGAUGAUUUCUUAGCUAAUACAUUAUAUAAAAUGAAUAGAUUUGAGGAGGCUUUGGAAAAUUAUGAUUCAGCAAUUUAAAAAAAUCCAGAAAAUUCUGACUAUUAUAUUGGCAAAGGUACUAGUAACUAUUGAUGAUUUCUUAGCUAAUACAUUAUAUAAAAUGAAUAGAUUUGAGGAGGCUUUGGAAAAUUAUGAUUCAGCAAUUUAAAAAAAUCCAGAAAAUUCUGACUAUUAUAUUGGCAAAGGUACUAGUAACUAUUGAUGAUUUCUUAGCUAAUACAUUAUAUAAAAUGAAUAGAUUUGAGGAGGCUUUGGAAAAUUAUGAUUCAGCAAUUUAAAAAAAUCCAGAAAAUUCUGACUAUUAUAUUGGCAAAGGUACUAGUAACUAUUGAUGAUUUCUUAGCUAAUACAUUAUAUAAAAUGAAUAGAUUUGAGGAGGCUUUGGAAAAUUAUGAUUCAGCAAUUUAAAAAAAUCCAGAAAAUUCUGACUAUUAUAUUGGCAAAGGUACUAGUAACUAUUGAUGAUUUCUUAGCUAAUACAUUAUAUAAAAUGAAUAGAUUUGAGGAGGCUUUGGAAAAUUAUGAUUCAGCAAUUUAAAAAAAUCCAGAAAAUUCUGACUAUUAUAUUGGCAAAGGUACUAGUAACUAUUGAUGAUUUCUUAGCUAAUACAUUAUAUAAAAUGAAUAGAUUUGAGGAGGCUUUGGAAAAUUAUGAUUCAGCAAUUUAAAAAAAUCCAGAAAAUUCUGACUAUUAUAAUGGCAAAGGUACUAGUAACUAUUGAUGAUUUCUUAGCUAAUACAUUAUAUAAAAUGAAUAGAUUUGAGGAGGCUUUGGAAAAUUAUGAUUCAGCAAUUUAAAAAAAUCCAGAAAAUUCUGACUAUUAUAAUGGCAAAGGUACUAGUAACUAUUGAUGAUUUCUUAGCUAUUACAUUAUAUAAAAUGAAUAGAUUUGAGGAGGCUUUGGAAAAUUAUGAUUCAGCAAUUUAAAAAAAUCCAGAAAAUUCUGACUAUUAUAUUGGCAAAGGUACUAGUAACUAUUGAUGAUUUCUUAGCUAUUGCAUUAAUAAAUAUGUAUAGAUUUGCAGAAGCUAUGAAAAUUUAUGAUUUCGCCUUUUAGGAACAUACUGAUUUAAAAGGUAUAAUAUUUAUUAAUUUUUAGCGAUAACUGUAACUAAGAUUGUUAAUGCUUUAGAAACUUUAAAAUUUUACCAUCAUAAAUUUAGCUUCUAACAAUGA